UCUGUUCUCUCUCUCUCUCUCUCUCUCUCUCUCUCUCUCUCUCUCUUCUUGAGAUUAUAUCUCAGCUUCUCUUAAUCUUUUUUUCUCUUCUGUCUACUACCAAAGUUAUGGAAUUUGCUUGAAAUAUCUUGGUUUUGUUUUGUUUUUCUUUUGAAAAAUAUAUAUAUUUGAAGGCAUGGAAGGACCAAUUCAUCCAGUCGACACAACGGCUUUCAGAGACUGUUUCUCUCUUGCAUGGAAGAAUCCAUACGUUCUUCGUCUUGCAUUUUCUGCUGGAAUUGGUGGUCUGCUCUUCGGUUAUGAUACAGGUGUAAUUUCAGGAGCCCUUCUUUACAUUCGAGAUGACUUCACAGCUGUUGAUAAGAGAACGUUUUUACAGGAGAGCAUUGUGAGCACGGCAGUCGCAGGGGCAAUCAUAGGAGCUGCGGUUGGAGGAUGGACGAGCGACUGGAUGGGAAGGAGAACAACCAUCCUAGUCGCUGACUUCCUCUUCCUUAUUGGCGCCAUCGUCAUGGCCGCUGCUCCAAACCCUGCUAUCCUCAUCGUCGGCCGCGUCUUCGUGGGCCUUGGUGUUGGAAUGGCAUCAAUGUCAUCCCCACUCUACAUCUCAGAAGCUUCUCCAGCCAAAAUCCGUGGCGCGCUUGUCAGCACCAAUUGCUUUCUCAUAACAGGAGGCCAGUUCCUGUCCUACCUUCUCAACCUAGCCUUCACUAAGGCACCUGGAACAUGGAGGUGGAUGCUUGGAGUUGCUGGAGUUCCGGCUCUGUUACAGUUUGUAUUGAUGUUCUUUCUACCUGAAUCGUCUCGUUGGCUGUAUAGAAAGGGAAGGGUAGAGGAAGCAAGAUCCAUACUAAAGAAAAUAUACCCACCCCACGAGGUGGAAGCGGAGAUCGACGCCCUUCGAGAAUCAGUUGAAGCCGAAUUCAAGGAAGAAGGAUCUUCAGAAAAGAUAAGCUUUAUCAAGUUAUGGAAGACAAAGACAGUAAGGAGAGGUCUCAUUGCAGGUGUAGGACUUCAAGUGUUUCAGCAAUUUGUGGGUAUUAACACAGUCAUGUAUUACAGUCCUACAAUAGUUCAGUUAGCUGGAUUUGCAUCCAAUCAAACUGCACUUCUACUCUCACUCAUCACCUCUGGACUCAAUGCUUUUGGCUCUAUAGUCAGUAUCUACUUCAUUGAUGGUAUGGGCCGGAAAAAGCUCUUGAUCAUCAGUCUAACUGGGGUCAUGAUCUCACUCGGCAUCCUGUCAGCUGCUUUCCAUGAGACUAGUUCUCAUGCACCAGAUGUUGGUGUGGCAGCAACGAACCAUUUCAGCAACUACACCUGCCCAGAUUACCAGACAGCUUCUACGACUUGGGAUUGUAUGAGAUGCUUGAAGGCUUCUUCUCCAGAUUGUGGGUUUUGUGCUUCUGGCACUAACAAGAUGUUUCCUGGAGCAUGUUUGAUUUUAAAUAAAACGGUGAGAGAUGUCUGCCACAAGGAAAACAGGGAAUGGUACACAAAAGGAUGUCCAAGCAACUAUGGAUGGAUAGCAUUGAUUGGAUUAGCUCUCUACAUUAUCUUCUUUUCUCCAGGGAUGGGAACUGUUCCUUGGAUCGUGAAUUCUGAAAUCUAUCCUCUAAGAUUUAGAGGAGUCUGCGGUGGAAUAGCUGCUACAGCUGUUUGGAUUUCAAACCUGAUAGUGGCCCAGUCUUUCCUGUCCUUAACUGAAGCUAUAGGAACGUCAUGGACGUUCUUCAUUUUCGGAUUGAUAUCUGUGGCUGGCUUGAUUUUCGUGUUGAUUUUUGUGCCUGAGACGAAAGGGUUGCCUAUCGAGGAAGUGGAGAAGAUGCUGGAGCAAAGAUCUAUACAGUUGGUGUUUUGGAAGAAAGGAUCUGAUGAGAAAAAUAAAAAGAAUUCGGUUGUGUGAAUGAAAUGGGAGUCGUUGGUUUUUCUGCUUAUAUUUAUAUAUGAGCUCCACUAACUCAAAUCAAGGGAAUUAUAAUCCUUACAAAGACUGGUAUCAUGUGUCAGUUGUCUUAAUUCCAAGAGGACAAAUUAAAAAUAAAUAUAUAUAUUGCUUUUGGAUGGACAAGUGAAUGUAAUUGGUAGAAAUAUAUUAUAGUUUCGUUACUGUUGCA